CCAAACUUCCGCUCGAUGAACCGUCAGUCAUUUCCGUCCCCCUCGCUCUCGGGUUCAAACACUUUGGUUCCUGUUCCCACUGCUAAUUUAGUGCACGGGUUCUCCUUCCGGACACGUUAUUGUUGCAUCAGCAUCCAACCAUCCAGCACUGUGGACAUGUCGACCUCAGGAGCCUUUGAUUAUGGCUUCUUGCUACACAUAAAUGAGGAGGCCGCGCUGGCAGUGGCCCUGAAUGACUACCUAACCUCACGCAGCUACCUGGCUGGGUUCAGCCCCUCCCAGGCCGACCAGAAAGCCUUUAAGCUCCUCCGCAGGCCCCCAGAUCCGCAGCAUGUUCACGCUCUGCGCUGGUACAGGCACAUAGCAGCUCUGCAGCAGGACCGCAGCCCUGAGAGCAGCAUGAAAGGAAAGCGGGUUCAGCCCCCCUGGUCUCCACCAGCAGGAACAGAUGUUCCCCAGCUGCGACUCUACAACAGCCUGACGAGAGCAAAGGAGCUGUUCGUUCCUCAGGAUGGGAACAAAGUAACGUGGUACUGCUGCGGACCUACAGUGUACGAUGCCUCACACAUGGGCCAUGCCAGGUCCUACAUAUCUUUUGAUAUUCUGCGAAGGAUAUUGAGGGACUACUUCAAGUAUGACGUCCUGUACUGCAUGAACAUCACAGACAUCGAUGACAAAAUCAUUAAAAGGGCUCGACAGAACUACCUGCUGGAUCAGUACAAGGAGAAGCAGCCGCAAGCUGCUCAAAUACUGCAGGAUGUCCUGAGUGCCAGAGGGCCCUUUCAGGCCCACUUGGCUUCCACGACAGACCCAGAUAAGAAGCAGAUGCUGGAGAGACUGGAUGCUAGUGUUACAGCCGCUCUGCAGCCCCUGCAGGCGGCGAUGGAGGGCAAAGCAGCAGAUGGGGUCGUUCAACCUCUGGCCCAGGCGCUGUUGGAGAAUUCCAAGGACUUGCUUGCUGAUUGGUUGGACAAGCAGUUUGGAAGUCAGGUGACCGAGAAUUCGAUCUUCUCCAUUCUGCCGAAGUACUGGGAGGGCGAGUAUCAUAAAGACAUGGACGCCCUGAAUGUUCUUCCUCCAGACGUCCUCACUCGAGUCAGUGAAUACGUGCCCGAGAUUGUGGAGUUUGUGAAGAAGAUCGUGUCAAACGGUUACGGAUAUGAAUCAAACGGUUCUGUGUACUUUGACACCUCGAAGUUUGAUGCCAGUCCGCAGCACUCGUAUGCCAAGCUGGUGCCAGAGGCGGUCGGGGACCAGAAAGCCUUACAAGAGGGAGAAGGUGACCUGAGCAUCUCUGCUGAGAGAUUAAGUGAGAAAAGGUCCCCCAAUGACUUUGCCUUGUGGAAAGCCUCCAAGCCCGGAGAGCCUUCCUGGGACUCUCCAUGGGGGAAGGGAAGGCCCGGCUGGCAUAUUGAAUGUUCGGCCAUGGCUGGCUCUAUCCUGGGAGAGUCCAUGGACAUCCACGGUGGGGGGUUUGAUCUUCGAUUCCCUCAUCAUGACAACGAGUUGGCUCAGUCUGAGGCCUUCUUCGAGAAUGAUUACUGGGUCAGGUACUUCCUGCACACCGGACACCUGACGAUCGCAGGCUGCAAGAUGUCAAAAUCUCUGAAGAAUUUCAUCACUAUUAAGGACGCCUUGGAAAAGAACACAGCCCGCCAGCUCCGUCUGGCCUUCUUGAUGCAUUCCUGGAAAGACACCCUGGACUACUCUUCCAACACCAUGGAGUCAGCUGUCCAGUAUGAGAAGUUCAUGAAUGAAUUCUUCCUGAAUGUGAAAGACAUACUGCGCUCUCCUACUGACAUCACCGGCCGGUUUGAGAAGUGGGAGGCUGAAGAGGUGGAGCUCAACAACAGUUUCUAUGACAGGAAGUCUGCCAUCCAUGUGGCUCUGUGUGACAACGUGGACACUCGCACCGCCAUGGAGGAGAUGCGAAUGCUGGUCACCCAGAGCAACAGCUACAUCGCUAGCAGGAAGAACGCCAAGCUGAGGCCCAACCGCAUGCUGGUGGAAAGCAUCGCUGCGUAUCUCACCAACAUGCUGAAGAUAUUUGGUGCCAUUGAAGAUUCGGCGUGCAUUGGUUUCCCGAUAGGAGGACAGAGUCAGAACAAUGAUCUGGAGAGCACAGUGAUGCCGUACCUCAUGGUGCUGUCCGAGUUCAGGGAGGGUGUCCGAAAAAUUGCCCGAGAGGAGAAGGUGACAGAGUUGCUGCGACUGUGUGAUCUUGUCCGUGAUGAGACGUUGCCGGAGCUGGGAGUCCGACUGGAAGAUCAUGAAGGCUUGCCUACUGUGAUGAAGCUGGUGGACAAGGACACAUUACUGAAGGAGCGAGAAGAGAAGAAGAAGGCGGAAGAAGAGAAGAUAAAGAAGAAGGAAGAAGCUGCCAGGAAGAAACAAGAACAAGAGAUGGCUAAACUCGCAAAGAUGAAGCUCCCACCAAGUGAAAUGUUUCGCUCAGAAACCGACAAGUAUUCCAGAUUUGAUGAAACAGGUUUCCCCACUCAUGACGCUGAAGGGAAGGAGCUCAGCAAAGGACAAGCCAAGAAGCUGCGCAAGCUCUACGAGGCUCAGGAGAAAUUACACAACGAGUAUCUACAGAUGAACCAAAAUGGCAACUGAUUCUGUUUACAGACUGCCCAAGCCAUCCACUCCACACAAUGCCUCCAGAAUAAAUGUCAAGGCCAGAGAUGCUGGCUCAUAGUUUGUCUCCUGAUUCUCAGUUUCAGAUCAGAAAUCAACACACACAAAAAAAACUCAGAGUGAUUAUUAUUUUUCUCAGUGAAUUUCAGAAUGAAGGUUAAAAUUGACGCCUCUAAACCAAAUUUCAUGCAUUAUUUUUCAAAAUGGGGAGGCGGGGGGGGUCCUCUCAUAUGGAUUCUCAGACUCUCUGAACUCUACUGGAGGGAUGAACCCCAUCUUUGCAAAAGGUGUUCCCUCAUUUGUUGUUUUGGGUCGAGAUGUGACUGAAGGCCACAACAUGUGGUCCACUUCAUUGUCAUACGCAUGUACGGAAACAUCUGCAUUUGCUCUUUUUCUCCACUCAUUCCUUCAGGUUUUUCCUUUAAUUUGUCAUCUGUCUGUAACUAAAUUAAAUUGGCUGAAGUUACUGGGGCCACAACUAACGAUUGUUUCUAUUAUAGAUUAAUCUGCCAGCUGUUUUCUCGGUUAAUGAAUUAAUCGUCUGUCUAUAAAAUUGAAGAAAAGAGUGAAAAAUGCUCAUUAGAAUUUCUAACAGCCCAAAGAGAUAUAUUCAGAUUGCUCGUUUUAUUCGACCAACAGUCUAAAACCCAAAGAUAUUCAGUUUAAUAUACUCUAAUGAGUAGCUGGAACCAGCAAAUAAUUGGCACUUAGGCUUGAAAAACAACUAAAAUGAUUAAUUGAUUGUCAGAAUAGCAACAAAUUUUUUUUGUCAAUUGAGUAAUCGACUAAUUGAUGCAGCUCUAGAAGGCACCUUUUAAAAACAAAUCACUUUUGGAUAAAUACUGUUUUACUGCUGUAGCUUCACCCACUGUGGACUCUGUGGACUUUUUUUUUUUUUUUUUUAGAAAUAUGUCAUUUUAUACAACCAUUAAAUCAGCUACUGAAUAAAAUGUAUCAUGAACUUUUUCUAAAAUCCACCUUCAGUUAGGUUAACCUGUUGUUGCUCCUUCAUUUUUACAAAGACCUUUGCAAAAUGCUGAUUCUUAUCAGUGGACGUGAGUAGAAAAAGUAACUGGUAUUGGUCAUUAAAAAAUAAAAAAAUAUCCUCAGUCACAUCAAGGUGAUUCUCAGAUAUUUGCUGCAUUGCACAGAUAAAGAGUAUAACACCUGUGUUCAUCUACAGAGGGCACAGCACCUUUACCAAGAGACCAGUUUUGUAAAUUGCUGUAAUUUGGCAGAGUUUCAUAGGCUGAAUUUGAUGGAUAUGACAUCACUCUUCGGUCUAGUUGACAAAUACUGAAGAAGCUGCCAAAAAAAUUCUGUUUCAUUCCACUGAUAUUUACCAGCUAUUGUAUGAUGGGUUAUAUGUACCAAGAAUAUUUUUGCUGAUUCUGGACUUUUUUCCACACAUUUAGCUUAACUUUAAGUAUUUUCAGCUCAUUUCUAAUUUAUGUUGCAUAUUACUUCACUGGAUUUGUACAGUCUUAAAGGCUGAGGCUGCUGAUAUUCUAGAUUUUUGUUGUUGUUGUCAUCCAAUCCCAUGAAAAGACAAAAACCAGCAAUGUGUUAGUUCAUCAUUGAUUCUUGCAGAAGAUGCAAAAAGAAGAAGAAGAAAACACCUCCCAGAUGUAUAGUUUCAUUUUCAAAAAGAUGAACUACAACUGCUCACUGUGGUUUUUAUCAGAUGUUAAUCAACCAGGAGGAAAUGGUGCAUUUGUUUGGGACUAUUUUAGUGGCGGAUUAAUACACAUUCCCUCCAGUGAGUGAACAAGAGGGAUAAGAUAUAUCGGACAGUUCUUCUCUGUAGGAUCAGGUCAUUGUUGGUUUUGUUUUUUUUGUUUUUUUUUUGUGGGAUUUGUUGACAUUAAGAAAUGAUUAGAAUAUCAGCAGAUUCAUCAUUUAAACCUGCAGCUGUUUUCUCAUCAUACUUACAACAGCUUAAACCCUCUGUUAAUGUGCUCACUCAUGGCUGAAGUGAAACCACAUGAAGAGGAGCUUUUUAUUAUUCAACCGUCCAUUAGGCUCAUGUAUUUUUGAAUUGUUUUUGUGUUGCAUUUUCUUGGUUAAAUGAAGGCAUAGCUGGAGUCUCGUUUUCAGAUAGGAAGAUGCUCAAAUAAAGAGGCGGGGAGCACCACUGAUUUUCUCCCAAGAAAUAAAAUUGAUCAUCCUUGAUCCAUCCCCUUGAGAGUUCAGGGAUGGUGACAGUGAUCCUAAACCACCUAUUGGAAAGAUAAAGUCGUCACUGCAGUGGCUGAAAUACGAUGUUGUUCUUUUUUAAAAGGCACAGGUGAAUACAUGGAUGAAUGUUAAUUUGCCCGAAUAACAGACAUUCAGGCUGUGACAGAAUGAGACAUGAAAUUUGAUGACAAUUACAAGUGGAAACAACACAUGCCUUUCACGAUGACGAAAUUCUGUACAUCUGUUGUCCAAAUGGAAGGUAUGGAUUUAUACUGCUGCAACCAUUUAAUGAUUUUACUGCUCAAUCUCAAUAAAUGCUGAAACAGGG